AUGCAUGUGAUGGAGAUUAUGAAUAUUCAUAUGAUCGAGAUUAUAGAUAUGCAGAGAAAUUUUUGGAAUACGAGAACCCUCGAAUCGGAGAAUACAGAUUUAAAGGUAAAAAAUACAGCCUUUGAAUCUGAGAAUACAAAUUUAAAAGUAGAAAAUGUGGAACUCAAAUCAAGAAAUGCAGCUCUCGAAGAAAACAAUGCGGACCUUAAAUCAAGAAACUCGGCCUUCGAACAAAGCAAUGUGGACCUUAAAUCAAGAAACUCGGCUCUCGAACAAGACAAUGUGGAACUCAAAUCAAGAAACGUAAUUCUAGGAGAAAUCAAUUUGGACCUUAUAACAAAACUUAUAGUUAUCGAAAAAGAACCGUCAAAGAAAGAAAUUGAAAAAGAACGUCAAGCUUCCGAAAGGACCAUUGCAGAACUCAAAACAAGACUUACGCCAUUGAAGAUGAAAAUGCAUUUUAAAAAAAGUCUCAAAGACUUAAAUAUGCAAAAAAUGAAAGACAAUAAAAUAAGCCAAAAAAGACUAGAUACAAUAAUGAAACUGAAACAAAAUUAUCAGGAACAGCAAGAACUACUCGAAAAAUUGAGGAAAGAAGAAAAUGCUAAAAAAUAUGAAUCAAUAAUGAGAGACGUGAACGAAGCUAUAAAUGAAUGUAAUGGAGGAUGUUAA